UCGGUUGGAGUGUUAUCAAACUACGUUACCCACGGUGGCGUGUAUGGACUGAAUGCGGAUAUAUUCACAUCUGCAUUUUUUUUAUUUUCUCUCUAUUUACACACACAAGCUUCUUACAUGCCUUCCCCGCCGCAAUUCCACUCAUGGGGGGGGGGGAGUCUUAGAGCGUACAUAUUUUGUGAGGUUGACUGGUGUGCAUCUCCCUGUCCCUCUUUUUCCCUUUUGCAGUGUAGAUAUACAUAA